UUUAGCAGCAGGCCUGGUUCUGUCAGACCCGUCAUGGCGGCAGCGUGAUCUCACGCCUCCUCAGUUACGUAACCGUACUGUACCUCCUCACGACCUUUGACCCCUGUGGCUGUGAAUGAUUAGCCUGCAGAGGCGUGUAAGAAGUUUAUGAUCAAAGUUCUGCCCGGGUUCUGCGCCCUCACCGCGCACCCAGCCUGGUUCCCCUCCAGUUGGACCGCCGCCUCGGCCCUUUGGUUCUGGUGGGACGGAGGAGGAGGAAGAGGAGGAGGAAGAGGAGGAGGAGGGACCAGGAGCAUCUUUAAAAGCCCGCAGCAUGGAGGAGCGCAGGACUCUGUCAGCAGAACCAUGGCUGGAACUCAGAACCGGACCGGGUCUGAGACGCAGGACUCUGUCAGCAGAACCAUUACUGGACCUGAGAACCGGACCGGGUCUGAUGAGCUCAUCUUCUUUGUGAAUGGAAGGAAGAUUGUUGAGAGGAACCCUGACCCUGAGACGACGCUGCUGACCUACCUGAGGAGGAAACUGGGCCUGACAGGGACCAAGCUGGGCUGUGCUGAGGGGGGCUGUGGCGCCUGCACCGUCAUGGUGUCGCGGUACCAGCCGGCCUCUCAGCGGCUGCUUCACUGCGCCGUCAACGCCUGCCUCGCCCCCCUGUGCUCCCUGCACCUGGUCGCCGUGACCACCGUGGAGGGGAUCGGCAGCGUGGCGAGGAAGCUCCACCCUGUACAGGAACGUAUUGCCAGGGCCCACGGCUCACAGUGUGGGUUCUGCACGCCGGGGAUCGUCAUGUCCAUGUACACCCUGCUGAGAAACAACCCCAGACCAAGCAUGGCUGACGUGGAGGAGGCCUUCCAAGGAAACCUGUGCCGCUGUACUGGAUACAGACCUAUUCUGGAGGGAUACAAGACAUUCACCGUGGAUGGCGGCUGUUGUGGAGGCAAAGGGAAAGAUGGCUGCUGUAUGACCAAUGGGAACGGAGGGCUCCAAAACUCAAAGGACGGCUCUGAGGAGGCCACAUCUCUCUACAACACCGCAGACUUUGAGCCUUAUGACCCAACGCAGGAAGUCAUCUUCCCUCCUGAACUCAUGAGUUUGUCUAAAUGUGGAGAAUCGUCUCGUUCUCUCCGGUUCCGUGGAGAACGGACAACAUGGCUGCAGCCGGACAGUCUGCAUGAGUUUCUGCUCCUGAAGUGGAAACAUCCAGACGCCCGAGUGGUGGUGGGGAACACUGAAGUGGGCAUUGAAGUCAAAUUUAAAAACAUGGCGUACCCAGUGGUCCUGGCUCCAGGUUCCAUCGCUGAGCUGAAUGCAGUGACUCACACUGAAGACGGUAUCGUGUUUGGUGCAGCAUGCACUCUCAGCCACAUGGGGGCAGUGCUGAGGAAGGCGGUGCAGAGUCUUCCUCCUCAUCAGACCGAGGUCUUCCAGGCAGUCCUGGAGCAGCUGCAGUGGUUUGCUGGACAGCAGAUCCGCAACGUGGCUGCUGUGGGCGGAAACAUCAUGACAGCCAGUCCCAUAUCUGACCUCAACCCCGUUUUUAUGGCAGCGGGCUGUAAACUCACGCUGAUGGACAAAGAUGGCAGUCGGGAGGUCCUCAUGGAUGACAGCUUCUUCACAGGUUACAGGAAGACAGCUGUAGAACCUCAGGAGAUCCUGCUCUCCAUUCACAUCCCAUACAGCCAGAAGAGUCAGUUCAUCUCAGCCUUCAAACAGUCCCCUCGCCGUGAGGAUGACAUCAGCAUCGUGACCGCGGCCAUGAGCGUCACCUUCUCUCCUGGGACUGAUGUGGUUAAAGACCUGAGGCUGAGUUUUGGCGGCAUGGCGCCGGUGACGGUGCUGGCCAGGAGGACGGCAGACAGACUGCUGGGAAGGCAGUGGGGGGAGGAGCUUCUCCAGGAGGCUUGCUCCUUGUUGGCUGAGGAGAUGAGCCUGGACCCCUCUGCACCUGGUGGCAUGGUCUCGUACCGGCGGACCCUCACCCUGAGCCUCUUCUACAAGUUCUACCUGAGGGUUCUGCAGAAGCUCAGGCUGCAGGGUCUCAGCGUGCAGGAGGUGAGCUCAGAGUGUCUUAGUGCCACAGAGGUCUACCGUCCAGAGACACCGUCCAGCGUCCAGGUCUACCAGGCAGUGCCAGAGGGCCAGAGCCUGGGGGAUGUGGUCGGCCGUCCCAUAAUGCACCUGUCAGCCCUGAAGCAGGCCACAGGUGAGGCGGUGUACUGUGACGAUGUGCCUCUCUACGAGAACGAGCUCUACCUGGCCCUCAUCACCAGCACCAAGGCUCAUGCUAGGAUACUCUCUGUGGACACAGCAGCAGCAGAGCGGUCUCCUGGAGUCGUCUGCUGUCUCUUUGCCAGCGAUGUUCCCGGCAGCAACGUAACCGGUAUGAGACAAGACGAGACCGUGUUUGCUGACGGCCAGGUGACCUGUGUGGGUCACAUCGUUGGUGCUGUGGUGGCCGACACCCAGCUUCAUGCUCAGAGAGCUGCCAAAGCUGUGAAGAUCCAGUAUGAAGAGCUGGAGCCAGUUAUCACCAUCCAGGAAGCCAUCGUCGCUCAGUCCUUCUACAAGCCAAUCAGAACCAUCCAGAGCGGAGACCUGGAAGCAGGCUUUAAGCAAGCUGACCACAUCCUGGACGGUGAGAUCCAUAUUGGAGGCCAGGAGCAUUUCUACCUGGAGACAAAUGUCACGCUAGCUGUUCCCCGAGAGGACGGAGAAAUGGAGCUCUUUAUAUCAAGCCAAUCACCGUCUGAUUCCCAGGCCUUUGUAGCAAAGGCCCUGGGGGUCCCAGCAAACCGGGUGCUGGUACGAGUUAAGAGGAUGGGCGGAGGGUUUGGAGGCAAAGAAAGCAGAACCUCCGUGUUGUCCACCGUUGUUGCUGUGGCAGCAGAUAAGCUGAAGCGACCUGUCAGGUGUAUGCUGGACAGAGACGAGGACAUGUUGAUCACUGGAGGCCGACACCCGUUCUAUGGAAAAUACAAAGUGGGGUUCCUCCAGACUGGAAAGGUGGUGGCUCUGGAUGUGACGUUCUACAGUAACGCUGGAAACUCCAUGGACCUCUCUCAAGCAAUCAUGGAGCGGGCUCUGUUUCACAUGGAAAACUCAUACUCUAUACCCAACGUGCGCGGCCAAGGCUUCAUAUGCCGCACCAACCUGCCCUCCAACACGGCCUUCAGGGGCUUUGGAGGGCCCCAAGGCAUGAUGGUUGCUGAGAACUGGAUCACAGACGUGGCUCAUUGCUUGGGCCGCUCUGCUGAGGAGGUGCGACGGUUGAACCUGUACCUGGAGGGCGAGUCGACGCCCUACAACCAGAUCCUGCACGGGGUCACACUGGACCGCUGCUGGGACGAGUGUCUCUCAAGGUCCGAGUACGAGAGACGGCGAGCUGCUGCUGACCUUUUUAACAGACAGAACCGGUGGACCAAACGAGGACUCGCGGUGGUGCCCACCAAGUUCGGCAUCAGCUUCACGGCCACCUUCCUCAAUCAGGCCGGGGCUCUGGUUCACAUCUACAGGGACGGUUCUGUGCUGUUGACUCAUGGAGGGACCGAGAUGGGACAGGGACUCCACACCAAGAUGGUCCAGGUGGCCAGCAGGGUUCUGGGCAUCCCCUGUGCCAGGAUCUACGUCUCUGAGACCAGCACCAACACCGUGGCCAACACCAGCCCCACCGCCGCGUCCGCGUCCUCCGACCUCAACGGGGCGGCCGUCCUGAAUGCCUGCCAGACUCUGCUGAAGCGCCUGGAGCCGUACAGGACCCAGAACCCCAAAGGAUCCUGGGAGGACUGGGUGAAGGCAGCUUACCUGGACAGAGUCAACCUCAGUGCUAACGGCUUUUACAGGACUCCAGAUCUGGGUUACGACUUCGACACGAACUCAGGCAGAGCUUUCAACUACUACAGCUACGGAGUGGCUUGUUCAGAGGUGGAGAUCGAUUGUCUGACUGGAGCUCACAAGAACCUGAGCACCACCAUAGUGAUGGACGUAGGUCACAGCCUGAACCCAGCCAUCGACGUCGGACAGGUUGAGGGGGGCUUCAUGCAGGGUCUGGGCCUCUUCACCCUGGAGGAGCUCCAUUAUUCCCCCCGGGGGGUCCUGCUCACUCGGGGACCGGGGUCCUACAAGAUUCCAGCCUUUGGUGACAUCCCCACUCAGCUCACUGUGUCGCUGCUCCGUGACGCUCCCAACGAUAAGGCCAUCUUUGCCUCCAAGGCGGUGGGCGAGCCUCCUCUCUUCCUCGCCUCGUCGGUUUUCUACGCCAUCAAAGACGCCGUCAGAGCUGCCCGGGCGGAGUCAGGAACGACCGGACCUUUCAGGCUGGACAGCCCAGCUUCUGCAGAAAGGAUCCGGACCGCCUGCUGCGACCGAUUCACCAAACUGUGUCCUCCUGCCCAGCCGGGGACCUUCACCCCCUGGUCUGUGCGGGUGUAGCAGAGGAACCUGAAGAUCUGAAGCCCGGAUCAUCUCACUGACUCCUGGCUGACUGAGCUGGACUGCUGCGUGGUUCUGGGAACGUCUUCAUCGCCCAUCGUAUCGGCUGCUGUUACUCGCUUAUGUUCUCCUGAACCUCAUCCACAAGGAAACCUGGGAACUCCAUGUUGACAAUUGUUCAUGAAUUAAAUAAAACUCCAAGAAUCCUG